UCCUCCCCGGGCCGUCCGCCCGCCGCCCGACCGGCCCGGUGGGUGGGCGCGGGGCCGCCUCUACCGGCUGGUGGCGGUGACUCGGCGACCUUGGCCCUGAAGCUCUAGCGGGGACCCACCGGCCGCAGCAGCCGAGCGGACUUUGCCCGGUUUGGUGGGCGGAGCGGCCUGCGCGUCCGCGGGCAGACAGCAAAGAUGUUAGCCUUUGCCGCCAGGACCGUGCCCCGAUUCCAGGGUUUCCGUUUAUAAUGUCAGCCGCCAGGCACUGCCUGCCUUCCAGCCAGGUGUUCCCACAUCAAACAGAUCUUCGCAGAAUUGGACAGGUGAAGCCCCUGGGCCUCCUCAAGCCCUCAUCGCUGAUGAAGGUGUCGGGGCGCUUCAAGGCGCACCAGGAUGCGCUGCCGCGGCUGCCCGUGCCCCCGCUGCAGCAGUCCCUAGACCACUACCUGCAGGCGCUGCAGCCCAUCGUGAGCGAGGAGGAGUGGGCGCACACCAAGCAACUGGUGGAGGAGUUUCGGACCUCAGGGGGCGUUGGCGAGCGCCUGCAGAAGGGGCUGGAGCGCAGAGCCAGGAAGACGGAGAACUGGCUGUCCGAGUGGUGGCUCAAGACUGCCUACCUCCAGUACCGCCAGCCCGUGGUGGUCUACUCCAGCCCGGGCGUGAUGCUGCCGAAGCAGGACUUUGUGGAUCUACAGGGCCAGCUCCGGUUCGCUGCCAAGCUCAUCGAGGGCGUGCUAGACUUCAAGACCAUGAUUGACAACGAGACCCUGCCCGUGGAGUACCUUGGAGGCAAGCCGCUGUGCAUGAACCAGUACUACCAGAUCCUGUCCUCCUGCCGCGUGCCGGGCCCCAAGCAGGACACGGUCGUCAACUUCCUAAAGACCAAGAAGCCGCCCCUGCACAUCACUGUGGUGCACAACUACCAGUUUUUUGAGCUGGACGUGUACCACAGCGACGGGACGCCCCUCACCUCGGAUCAGAUCUUCACACAGCUGGAGAAGAUCUGGAACUCGUCCCUGCAAACCAACAAGGAGCCCGUGGGCAUCCUCACCUCCAACCACCGCAACUCCUGGGCCAAGGCUUACAGUACCCUCAUCAAAGACAAGGUGAACCGGGAGUCGGUGCGCUCCAUCCAGAAGAGCAUCUUCACUGUGUGCCUGGACGCCGCCGUGCCCAGGGUCUCGGAGGACGUGUACCGCAACCAUGUGGCCGGGCAGAUGCUGCACGGGGGCGGGAGCAAGCUCAACAGCGGCAACCGGUGGUUCGACAAGACGCUGCAGUUCAUCGUGGCAGAGGAUGGCUCCUGUGGGCUGGUGUACGAGCACGCGGCCGCGGAGGGGCCCCCCAUCGUCACCCUGGUGGACUACGUCAUUGAGUUCACGAAGAAACCUGAGCUGGUGCGCUCACCCAUGGUGCCCCUGCCCAUGCCCAAGAAGCUGCGGUUCAACAUCACCCCCGAGAUCAAGAGCGACAUCGAGAAGGCCAAGCAGAACCUUGGCAUCAUGAUCCAGGACCUGGACAUCACCAUCAUGGUGUUUCACCACUUCGGGAAGGACUUCCCCAAGUCACAGAAGCUCAGCCCCGACGCCUUCAUCCAGAUAGCCCUGCAGCUGGCCUACUACAGGAUGUACGAGCAGGCGUGCGCCACGUACGAGAGCGCCUCCCUGCGCAUGUUCCACCUGGGCCGCACUGACACCAUCCGCUCGGCCUCCAUGGACUCGCUGGCCUUCGUAAAGGCCAUGGACGACUCCAGCGUGACGGAGCACCAGAAGGUGGAGCUGCUGCGAAAGGCCGUGCAGGCGCACCGAGCCUACACUGACCGCGCCAUCCGAGGGGAGGCCUUCGACCGGCACCUGCUGGGCCUGAAGCUACAGGCCAUCGAGGACCUGGUGAGCAUGCCUGACAUCUUCAUGGAUACCUCCUACGCCAUCGCCAUGCACUUCAACCUCUCCACCAGCCAGGUGCCCGCCAAGACAGACUGCGUCAUGUUCUUCGGGCCCGUGGUCCCGGACGGCUACGGCGUGUGCUACAACCCCAUGGAGGCCCACAUCAACUUCUCUGUGUCGGCCUACAACAGCUGUGCAGAGACGAACGCGGCCCGCAUGGCGCACUACCUGGAGAGGGCUCUCCUGGACAUGCGCACGCUGCUGCAGCACCACCCCCGUGCCAAGCUCUGAGCCACGCCCACCAGGGCACCGCCCCUCCGUGCUUGACCCCUGGUCCCCAGCUCUGGGCGAGCCAGGGACAAACUCCGGACAUUCUCUCAUGGGGUCUGCAGGCCCAGCCAAGUGCCUUCCACGGGACAGCCCAGGAGCGGCCGUGGCCUGACUCCCGGGCCGAGUUCAGAGGCUGAGCAGGACCUAAGGCCCCGGCCCCCGGCGGCCCAUGCACCUAGGCCUGCUCUGGGACGUGAACCGGCUGGGCGGAACCCCGGCAACCUCCACAGCCAGGCUGCAGCCUGUGGCCUGACGCGGCUCCCGGAACCUGGAGUCGGGCUGGUCGGGUCGGGAGAGAGGUUUCCUGGUGCCGGGGAACCAAGGCGCCGCCCGCUCUCGUGGGUACCAGGGCUCACAGCCCCAGCGCGCUUGCUGCCACUCCGCUGGGCCCCGACCCACGUUCACGGCUGUGCCACGUGGACCUGCGAGGUGAUGAAUAAAGGAAGGUGCACUGGGAA